AUGUUGAGACUUGCUAGAAACUCAAGCUUACGAAGAGGUUUAACUCGGAAUAUGGCUCUUAGCGCGGGCACUAAAUUAGCGCUAACGUCAACUCCGAAAUUUGAAAUAACAUCCGUGUAUAAUAAAGUUGGUAGUAUGAAAGUGGCCAGAUAUGGAAUGCCAACACUACAAAUGAGGUCCUAUGUUUCUCUUCAUGCUAACAAUGCUGACGACAAACCUGCCUUGGAACAGUUCGGUACCAACUUGACCCAGCUUGCUCAGGAGGGAAAACUUGAUCCGGUGAUAGGCCGUGACGAAGAAAUCGCGCGCUCUAUUCAAAUAUUGUCCAGACGAACCAAGAAUAACCCGAUCUUGAUUGGACGAGCUGGUGUUGGUAAAACUUCGCUCAUUGACGGGCUAGCUCAAAGAAUUGUGAGCGGGCAGGUACCAGACUCCUUGAAAAAUAAGCAGUUGAUCGCACUGGACCUUGGAGCGCUUGUGGCGGGUGCCAAAUACCGCGGUGAUUUUGAAGAAAGGUUGAAAAAUGUUCUAGAAGAAAUUGACAAAGCCAAUGGUGACGUUAUAGUUUUUAUUGACGAAGUACACAUGCUUCUGGGCUUAGGCAAAACCGAUGGAAGCAUGGAUGCAUCCAACAUCUUGAAGCCUCGCUUGGCCAAAGGGUUAAGGUGCAUAUCUGCUACUACCAUUGACGAAUUCAAAAUCAUCGAAAAGGAUCCCGCUCUAACCAGAAGACUACAACCAAUUAUGCUUAAUGAACCCAAUGUUGCCGACACUAUUUCCAUAUUAAGAGGGUUGAAAGAAAAGUACGAAGUUCAUCACGGUGUGAGAAUUACUGACACCGCUUUGGUUUCUGCGGCGACUUUGUCGAACCGAUACAUUAACGACAGAUUUUUGCCUGAUAAGGCUAUUGAUUUAGUGGAUGAGGCUUGUGCGGGGCUACGUUUGCAACAUGAAUCGAAGCCAGAUGCCAUUCAAAGCUUAGAUCGCGCCAUUACAAGGAUUCAAAUCGAAUUAGAAUCUUUGAAGAAAGAAACGGACCCAUUGUCCCUAGAAAGGAAGGAAGCACUAGACAAAGAAUUGGAAGAUAAACAGCAAGAACAUACUAGAUUAACUGAAAUCUGGGAAAAAGAGAAAGCUGAGAUAGAUUCCAUCAAGACUGCAAAAGCCGAUUUAGAGCAAGCUAGAAUUGAUUUAGAGAUAGCUCAGAGAGAAAAUAACUUUGCGAAAGCAUCGGAGCUCAGAUAUGCUAAGAUUCCAGAACUUGAGAGGAAAGUUGCACUCAAUGAGAAGAAGGACACGGAAAACAAUUUGCUACAUGAUUCAGUCACUUCAGAUGAUAUCUCUAAAGUAAUUGCCAAAAUGACGGGAAUUCCAGUACAGACUGUCUUGAAAGGUGACAAGGAUCGUUUACUUUACAUGGAAAACUCUUUACGGCAAAGAGUUGUUGGUCAAGAUGAAGCUAUUGACGCAAUUUCCGAUGCCGUUAGGUUGCAAAGGGCUGGUCUAACAAGCGAAAAGAGACCUAUCGCGAGUUUUAUGUUUUUGGGACCAACAGGUACCGGUAAGACUGAACUUACGAAAGCAGUUGCAGAGUUUUUGUUUGACGACGAGUCAAACGUAAUAAGAUUUGAUAUGUCCGAGUUUCAAGAAAAACACACCGUUUCUCGUUUGAUCGGAGCACCACCUGGCUAUGUCUUGAGUGAGUCUGGUGGCCAACUUACUGAAGCUGUGAGGCGUAAACCUUACGCAGUUGUUUUGUUCGACGAAUUUGAGAAAGCACAUCCUGACGUUUGCAAGAUUUUACUGCAAGUUCUGGACGAAGGUAAGCUUACAGACUCUCAAGGGCAUCAAGUUGAUUUCCGGAACACCAUUAUCGUAAUGACUUCGAACAUUGGCCAGGAUAUUUUACUGUCAGACACAGAGCUAGCAAACGAUGGUAAAGUCAGCAAGAAGACACAAACAAAGGUUAUCGAUGUUAUGAAAAAAUCAUAUCCACCAGAAUUCAUUAAUCGUAUUGAUGAUGUCUUGGUAUUCAAUAGACUAUCGAAGGAAGUUUUACGGUCAAUUGUCGACAUAAGGCUCGAAGAAAUCCAAGAGAGAAUUGCGGAUAAGAGAAUGAAAUUAGAACUCACCGAUGCAGCUAAAGAAUGGCUAACAGAUAAUGGAUACGAUCCACUUUACGGUGCUAGACCUCUUAACAGAUUAAUUCACAAGAGGAUAUUAAAUCCUAUGGCAAUGUACUUGUUGAAGGGUCAAAUAAGACCUGAAGAAACGGUUUAUGUGGAUGUCAAGGAUGGUAAGUUAACCGUGAAGGCGAACCACGUAGAGGGUGAGGAAGUGCCAUCUGAAACUGAGACGUAG